AUGACGCAAUUUUUUCUGCAAAAGAUCAUUCUUCGAUGUGUGUCCAUUGGUAGACGAACAAGUGUUACUGUUUUGCGGAAAAGUGUGAACAUGGAGAAUAUUUAUACAAAAGGAGUUAGCGAGAAGCGUGACGUGGAAAUCGACACGACUGGUGUCAGCAACCUGAACCUUACAUUGAAAACACCAAAGGGUACGCGAGACUACGGUCCAAAAGCGAUGGCUGUACGACAACGGUUGCUGGACCAGACAAUCCAUGUGUUCCGUCAGCACGGUGCCGUAACGAUCGACACUCCCGUCUUCGAGUUGAAAGAGUUGCUCACGGGCAAGUACGGCGAGGAUGCGAAGCUUAUCUACGAUUUAAAAGAUCAGGGCGGUGAGCUACUGGCCUUGCGAUACGAUCUAACCGUCCCGUUCGCGCGAUACGUUAGUAUGAGUAACAUUUCCACCAUCAAACGUUACCACAUCGCGAAGGUGUACCGGCGGGAUAAUCCGCAGAUAAUGCGUGGUCGCUACAGGGAAUUCUACCAGUGUGACUUUGACAUCGCCGGUACGUACGAUCCGAUGCUGCCGGACGCGGAGUGUGUUAAGGUCGUGUGCGAAAUCUUGCAUGCUGUCGGCGUUGGAGAGUUUAAGAUCAAAAUAAACCACCGGAAACUAUUGGACGGGAUAUUCGAGGUGUGCGGAGUACCAACGGACAAGCUGCGGAAUGUGUGCUCUUCCAUCGACAAGCUGGACAAAACACCGUGGGAUGAGGUGCGGCGCGAGCUGAUCGAACAUAAGGGUGUCCAGGAGGAAGCGAUCGAUCGGAUUGCAUCGUACGUAACACUGCGCGGUGGUUUGGAUUUGGUGAGCCAGCUAUCGAAGGACGAGCGGCUGGUACGAUCUACGAGCGCGUGCGAGGCGUUAGAGGAUUUGCGAUUGUUAUUCCAAUACUGCGACAUCUUUGAGGUCACAAACAGCAUCUCGUUCGAUCUUAGUUUGGCCCGCGGACUUGAUUACUACACGGGAGUAAUAUACGAGGCAGUACUGCUUCAUAAUGAUGGUAAGGAAUUGUCAGCCAGUUCUGUGGCUGGUGGUGGACGGUAUGACAACUUGGUGGGAAUGCUUAAUCCAAAGAGGAAGCAACAGGUCCCCUGUGUUGGCGUGUCUAUCGGCGUGGAACGUCUGCUUUCCAUCAUCGAGGCACGUUCGAUGGGCACAAUGCGCACCAACGAAACGGAAGUGUAUGUGGUGUCGGCACACAAGGGACUCCAUCUUAAGCGGCUGGAAUUACUAAAUCAACUGUGGUCGGCAGGAUUCAAGGCGGAACAUUCGUACAAGCGGAAUCCGAAGUUGCUCGACCAGCUGCAACACUGCGAGGAGUUCCAGAUCCCGUACGUCAUCAUCCUGGGGGAUGCCGAACUGGCACGCGGUAUCGUGAAGCUCCGCGAAAUUUCCUCCCGACAGGAGUUUGAAGUAACGCUGGACACGCUCAUCGAGGAGCUACGCCGUCGGCUGUGUACAUCAUGA